AUGGCGGCGGGCAGCUCGGGCACCGGCAUGGGCUGGCGGGCUCCCCUGGAAGGCCUUCAGAUCGCUGACAGCAUUGUCCCAGGGCUUCCUUGGCCUGUGCCAUGUGAGCAAGGAACGCGGAGCGCAGCAUUCACCAUCCCCUCCCUGAAACAGCGGUCCCCGAGGUGCUCCACAGGCAGGGCCGAGCUGGGCGACGGGGAGCCCAGACCCUGCACGGGCCGCCCUGAGCGGCGGGGACGCAGGAAGAGCUCGCCGGCUCCACCAGCCCCUACCCCAGACGCGGGACCCGGGACCAGAGAGGGCCUGGAGCCCCCGCCCCAUGGCUGCCAGGAGGCGGACACGGGCAGCUCCUGGGGGGCUACCGCCCCGAGGCCGUUACGCCAGAACUUGAGCGAUCUGGGAAGGGGCAGCGCCCCGCCCUUGAAGAGGAACCUGUGUCCUAGAGGCAGCAGCCUGGGAUCUCCUCCUCCGAGGACACCGCAGAGGCGAGUGACUCUGGCGGCGCAGCGCUGGCUUUCCCGUCCGCGGAGGAGGAGAGCUGCGGGGCUGGAUGAGCUGGACCAGGGAGGACGGCUGGCUGCUUUCGGCCUCCGAUGGGGAGUGGACAGCUUAGGGGGUUGUCCCCGUGCCAGCCGGCCUGCUGGCCACUCUGGGCUUCAUCACAGCCUCACCUGCCUGCGCAGGCACCUAGCACUGCAGGCUGGAGCUUCUGGCCAUGCUGGUCAACUUCCCCAACGAGCCUCUGCUGCCUGGGAACAGCAAGGCCAGAGCUACACCGCCCUGCACUUGGCAGCCAUGUACCUUGGAGAUGGUGAAGCUGCUAGUGGGGACAUAGGACGCCAAUGUGGACAUCAGGGACUACAUUGGGAAAAGGGCCUCCCAGCAUGUGAGUCAGAGCAUCACAGAAGAGAUUGAGACCCUGAUGGGAGUCCUGGACAAGGACGAUGGGGAGAGCACCGCCAGCAGCGGGGAUGGAUACUGGAAGAUUUAAAAGCUGCCCCCUCCAUCUCACCACCUACAAACUGUCACAUGUCCUGGAAGAUGGGGGGACCCUCUCCACCAUCACCACUUGGCUGAAGGUGGUCCAGAGGUGAAGCCAAGGAUUCCAGGGUGUACAGCCUCAGGCAGGACUAAUGGACUUAAAAAACACAGGCUCAACAAAAUCCACUUCACAACCCAGAUGGUUCACAUCACACCCUCUUUCAGGGACCCAGAGCAGCCACUGGAAGAGGAGGAGUAGGAACGCUCUCUUAAAGUCCACUUAUCCUAUUCCUUCAAAUUAAGACCAAAGUCCAAUGUAUUUAGGUAAAAAAUAAUUUCUUUUAGAAAAUGCCAAGGUUUGUCUUCUGAAAUUUAAUAACAGAAACAAAAAAACAACACUAGAUGUAAAGAAGUGAGACCAGAAAAGACAAACUAAACUAUCCUUACUAGGUUGGAAUGGAUGGGGUGGAGUUCCCAUCGGGCUAGCAUUCUGGGGAAAGUGUUUUUUUUUUUUUUUUUUUUUGGCGGUGGGGGGAAGGAGUCUCGCUCUGUCGCCCAGGCUGGAAUGCAGUGGCGCCAUCUCCGCUCACUGCAAGCUCCGCCCUACGGGUUUAUGCCAUUCUCCAGCCCCAGCCUCCCAGUAGCUGGGACUACAGGCGUCCGCCACCACAUACGGCUAAUUUUUUUGUAUUAUUUUUAGUAGAGACGGGGUUUCACCGUGUUCUCCAGGAUGGUCUCGAUUCCUGACCUCGUGAUCCGCCCACCUCGGCCUCCCAAAGUGCUGGGAUUAGAGGCGUGAGCCACUGCACCUGGCCGGAUUUCUUUUUAAGAGAUUCAUCAUACCUUGACCUGUGCCCCAUUUCCCUCCUCCACCUGUCUGACCUGGCAUUCCUAUUUCGGGAGACCAGAAGUGGGGGGAAGAGAAGGGAUGACUGUUUCUUUGCUUUCACCAUUCCUGCAUGCCAUGCAAAGGAAGGAAUACUGCGUUUUUAAAUAUCUGUUUUAUUAAGUGGUUACUCUUUCAAGGACAAAAAAAUGCAAAUUGUUACAAAACUGGUAGUAUUUGUAAGUGCAAGUACUACAUGCUGCCUUAUUCUUUUACCAAUUGCAUUUGCAUUUUAAGGUACUACUGGUACAGCCACGGUGGAGAACUGUUUGGAUGUUCCUCUAAACACUGAAAAUAGAGGUGCCACAUGAUCCAGCAAUCCCACUGUUGGAUAUAUACCCCCAAAAUAAGAAAUGAGUAUAUCGAAGAAAUUAUCUGCACUCCCAUGUUGGUUGCACCACUGUUGACAAUACCUAAGAUUUGGAAGCAACCUAAGUGUCCAUCAACAGAUUAAUGUAUUAAAGAAAAUGUGGUAGAUACACACAGUGGAGUAUUAUUCAGCCCUAAAAAGAAUGAGAUUCAGUCAUUUGCAACAACAUGGAAGGAACUGGAUAUCAUUAUGUUAAGGGAAAUAAGCCAAGCAUGGAAAGGCAGACAUUGCAUGUUCUCACUUAUUUGUGGGAUCUAAAAAUCAAAACAAUUGAACCCAUGGACAUAGUAAGUACAAGGGGGCUGGGUGGGGGGAGACAGGGCACGGGUAAUGGGUACAAAAAUAGGGAGAAGGAAUGAAUAAGACAUACUAUUUGAUAGCACAACAGGGGAACUCUAGUCAAUAAUUGUACAUUUAAAAAUAACUAAAAGAAUCUAAUUGGAUUGUAACACAAAGGAUACAUGCUUAAAGGGAUGGAUACCCACUCUCCAUGAUGUGAUUAGUUCAUGCUGCAUGCCUGUAUCAAAACAUCUCAUGCACCCCAUAAAUAUAUGUGCCUAUUAUAUACUCACAAAAAUGCUUGAAAAUAAAAAUAAAGGAACUACUGAAGGUCAGGUCAGAGUGGAAAUGCAAAAAUACUAAUUAGAGAAUAAUGUGAAUACAACAGGAAUCCUGUUGGUAUUCUAUUUAUAUUGUAAGCAGCAGUUCAAUUGUUUUGUAAAAGCGAUUCAAUUUUAAUCACUGAACUAAAGAAAUGGGCAACGCUGACUUCCGUAAUAUAGGUUCUACCUAACCAUCUCUAACACCGCUGUCAAGGAGGACCAGUGUUAAGGUACAUUACUAACAACCACACAAAUUUUUAAAAGAAAAGAACACUCUUAGCAGCCUAUGGUACUUUGAAAUGAAAUAUUGCCUCUCAUUCUCAUUUGUGUUGCCAUUCCAAAAGUUUGAAUUUGCUGAGGUUUAUAUUCUGGGUAUUAUAUAACCAUUGGUUCUGUUUUUCAUAACCCUAUUAAAUGGUUGCUCAGAGCUGAAUUACCUACAGAAACUUUCUGGUUUAAUUAGCAUAAAUUGGUAUAAAUAUUAGUGAGCCCAUACUUCUGUGAUAUAAUUAAACCAACUUAAUGAUUCUCACAUAAGGUGUCAAUUUAUUUUACUAAUGCAUUCAUAAUCUAUGCUUUGUAGCAACAUUUUUCAAAUGUUUAAAAUGCUAAAUCUUCUCAAUUUUCCAAUCUUUUCUUGAAUCUAUUAGAUACCUAUAGUGUAUUUACUGAAUAGCUGGGAAACAAAUACACCUAGUUAGAAAUGGCACUGCUUUAUAAAAGGCACUAGAGAAAAGACGAGACUAUUUCUAUAUUUAAAUGCUGCUGGCAAGUGAAUUCCUUUGUAAAUAAAUGAAAGAUACCAUUCAUUAAAAUGAAAGACUUGUUUUAAGUGUGAUUCUUACAUUUCAUUCAUUUAUGAUAGAGUAAAUGGCUUUAUAAUUACUUUAAAAUUUAACUCACUAGUACAUUAAAUCUGUUCAUUGCAAGAUUAGAAUCAACUGUGAGGGGAACUAAUUUAAACAAGCCCUUCCUUAGUCUUAUUGAGUCUCAUAUUUGCUGAAAGUACCUACAGCUUGCAGGAUAAGGGAGUUCACGGACCAUAGGGUGAGUGAACCCAUGCACAGAUUGCAAACUGCCCAGAGCUACAACAUUUAGGAUUUUUAAACCUUUAAUUUUCCAAGUCAUAGAAAUUUGUUACAGGUUCAUCACCUCUUUGUCUAAAUGGCAAUUGAAUUUCUUUAAAGAUAGGUUAAAAAAGGCAUAAAACUAUGAAUUAUUAUCCAUUUAUGUGCCUCUAUUUUUGCUUUAGAAUUAUGGAAGUGGACCCUGUGAAUUUGGGAAACAGUGUUAUGUAUACACAUGGGUGAAAAACAGUCUAACAUUGUGUAAAUUAAAAUACUUUUUUUGAAGUUGAAAAACCUCCAUUUGUUCUAAAUCUAUAUAUAUUAUGUGUAUCUAGUACAGAAUAAGCUGUAACUUCUCAUUGAGUAAUCUUAGGUUUUACAGAUAUGUAAAGCUGAAGCAAGUCUAAAGAGUAGACACUUCAGAACAGGAAGGUUCUGGUCAAUGUUGAGAGUAGACACUUUCACUGAAUGUUCUGGUGAAAUGUGGGUAACUAAUUGCUUGAAAUCUAUAAUUUGCUAUAUAGUUAACUAUUAAGUUAAAAUGUCAUUUACCAUGCUUUUUACACUAAAAGCUUUAACUUUUCUGAUAAAAUAAUAUUUUAAAUGUUCAAUUAUUACUUCUGAGGAAAGCUACUUCUAGCAUUCUUUGUCAUGAUAUGCUUGUGUGCAGUAAGCGGAGCAUUUUCAGCCACUUACCUCUACAUUCUUCUUGUUUUCCAGUUUCUGAUUUAGAUUAUAAAAGGCAAAUGAUUAAUUUAAUUUGAUACUCAGAGUUGUGUUUACCUUUAAUGGACAAAUACAUGUCAGAUACUUUGAUGUUUAUUGAUAUGACACCGUGUGGUUAAACAACGCAAGUAUGUCCAUGUGUUUCUUAUAGGGUACACUUGAAACUAGUGGUGUUUAUGCAGUUCACUUACGCAACUUGAAAAUCUGGUACUAUUGCAUUCAGGACUGAAAUCUUGGAGUUUAGGUGUCUUGUCUCUCAUUUUGAAAAUAAGUGAAAGUUGAGAAUGUAAAAUCUAUAAAGUUCAUUUUUUUAACUAGGAAAAAACACAAAUUAAUGACAGACACCAAAUUAUAAAUCCAAAAAGCUCAGAGAACACCAAGCAGGAUGAAUAUUUUAAAAAUAUACCUAGGAUUAUCAUAUUCAAACUGUAGAAAACCUGUAACAAAGAUAAAAGAUUAAAAUAAGGCAGAGGAAGAAACACAUUGUCUACAGAGAAACAGACAUAAGAAUUACAUUGGGCUUCUGUUUAGAAUCCAUGCAAGUAAGAAGUGUUGAAAAAAUUAGAAUACAGUGGGUAUUUAUUAUCCAAGUAUUCAUUAUCUAAAACUGCAAAGUAAAAAUAAUUGUAACAAGAACAUAUUCACUAGCAAUCUGAGCACUCAUGAUAUUAGUGUCUGUUCUGGAGAGAAUUAUGUCCCCCCAGAACUCCUAACCUGAAGCCCUAUCUCCCAGUGUGAGUGUAUUUGGAGAAGGAGCUUUUAAGAAGGUAAAGUUAAAUAGGGGCAAAAGGGUAAGGCCCUAAUCUGUUAGGACUGGGGUCAUCAUCCAAAAAGGAAGAGACACCAGAGAUAUCUCUCUCUCUCUCUCUCUUCUCUCUCUCUCUGCCUCCCUCCUUCUCUCUCCCUCCCUCUCUCCCUCUCUCUCUGCCUCUCCCCACAUACAUUUGUUAAAUUGAGAUUUUUUGUUAGAACAUAUAUAGUGGCAUUUUAAUAUAGUGUUACUCUACUUAAAACACACACACACACACACACAUACAAUUUUGAUAAGUUCUUUUUUGAGGAUAAGGCCAGUCAUGGUGGCUCACACCUGUAAUCCCAGCACUUGGCGGGAUUAUCAUCUGAGGUGGGUGGAUCAUCUGAGGUCAGGGGUUCAAGACCAGCCUGGCCAACAUGGUGAAACCCGUCUCUAUUAAAAAUACAAAAAAUUAGCUGGGCGUGGUGGUGGGCACCUGUAAUUAAUUCCAGUUACUCACAAUGCUGAAACAGGAGAGUCCCUUGAACCCAGGAGGCAGAGGUUGUGGUGAGCCGAGAUUGCACCAUUGCACUCCAGCCUGGGCCACAAGAGCAAAACUCCGUCUCAAGAAAAAUACAAUAAAAUAAAAAUAAAAAAACACAAAACUGGGAUGUGUCCCUGUCUUUUAGGCAGAUAUACUUUACCAUUACUAAAAUUGAGCUUCAGAAACGUUAAGCAUGCUACACAAACUUAGCUGGAAAUGAAUACUGAAAUGGAAGUUUGAAUCCAAGAUGAUUUCUUUUCAAUCCCAUGCUAAUGCCGUUAACUCCUAUAGACCCUUCUCAUGUGCAGCCAGAGAGACACUAGCCCACUGAUGGAUGGACAGAUGUGGGCAGGGUCCGUGUCACUAAACCACCCACCACUGCCACAGCUGCCUACAACAGACACAUCAGAUGACACUCCAGGCAAAUAAAUGAUUUUCACUGAGGACUUACUGGUUUUAAUAAUAGGUCCUGGUGUAGAGAAGUCCCUCAACCUAUUGUGCAAUGAGUUUUGAGAAGCGGGUAAGCUGUAUGUUUUGUGGUUUUGUUUCAUAAAUGCAUCUACAGGAAGACCAAUAUUGACUGAAUGAAGCUUUCAUUUAAAGGGCUAAAAUAUGCUUUGUGUUCUUAUAUGUGGAUACUACUUUAAACGUAAUGACUAUUUAUUGUAUCAUAGCUUGUGAUGUAUUCUGCUCAUGGCUUUUAAGGUUAAUUGUGCCAUGAUCCACUGCCAUUCUAAUUGCUUUAACAAGUCAUUACCACACUACUGUUACAUCUAAAUUAUGCAUACAGACAGGUAGACUUAUUUUACAUAUGUGAACUAACUAGUUGUCAAAGCAAAUGCAGAUUGUAUUCUGCAAGUAAAGUCUUUUUCUCUCUGAAAUUUCUAGGGAUGUUCUUUAAGUGAAAUUCAUAUUCAAACUGAAGAUUUUAGUUGCAAGAACUGAGUGCAGAUUAAAGUCUUUUUGUGAUUCAAACAUAGUCAAGAGUACAACUGUGAUAUUUCAUGGAAGUUAUGCAAUAAAAUGUCUCUAACCUGCGAACAAAUCUAUCAAGCAGACGGCACAGUACUGAAUUUGAAACCAGAAAUACUGGGUUUUUAUAUAAAUGCUUCAUAGAUUUGUUUUAUGAUAAAGGGCACAUAACUCUCCUAAACCUCACACCACCUCUUGAAUAGGGAUAAUAAAUCCACAUCAAUGCUGAUGCCUUAGCUAUUAUUAAACUCUUACAGUAUGAUGUAAAGUGAAAGUACAAUGUAAGAUCAUUCCUAGGGCAACUUUGACCAGUUUUAUAUAGAAACAUGUGCCAACUUUUCUGUUUGCAAGGAUAAUAUCAAACCAAACACCAGAAAGUUAUAUCUUUGAUGCAGUUUUUCAAAAUCAUACACAUAAUACACAAACCAAAGACAAAUGAUGAAUAUUAUGUCAGAAAAUAUAAAGUCUUCCCCUUUCUUCUUUUGCCAAGAAAGUCCAAUAUUUUUACCAUUUUUAUGCACACAAUCAACUUUAUUUAAGCUGGAAGUUAAUGUCUCAUUGUUUUCAUUGUUCUAAAUAAACACCUUUUUCCCUUGA